AUGGAACAAAACAUCAAGCUCUCAAAUGAAGGGGAGAUACUCAAGGACCCAGCCAAGUAUAGAAGGCUCGUGGGACGUUUAAUCUACUUGACGAUCACACGGCUCGAUAUCACAUAUGCUGUACAUGUGCUCAGUAGGUUUAUGCAUGAGCCACGCAUCCCACAUAUGGAUGCAGCGGUUCGAAUCUUGAGAUACCUUAAAUACACUCCAGGCCAAGGAAUACUCUUUCCAACACAGGAUGACUUAAAGUUGAAGGCGUUUUGUGAUUCUGAUUGGGCGGGGUGUCCGACGACUCGCAGGUCAACCACAGGUUACUGUGUGUUUCUAGGAAACUCGUUGAUCUCUUGGAGGACAAAGAGACAGAAGACUGUGUCUCUCUCUUCAGCGGAAGCUGAAUAUAGAGCCAUGGCUAGCACAUGUUGUGAGCUCUCUUGGUUGCAGUGUCUAUUACAAGACUUGCAACUAACACAUUCAGAACCAGUCACACUACAUUGCGACAACCAAGCUGCAUUACAUAUAGCUGCUAAUCUGGUUUUUCACGAAAGAACAAGGCAUAUUGAGAUGGAUUGCCAUUUCAUCAGAGACAAGAUCCAAGAUGGUUCAAUAGUUACAAAACAUGUUUCUUCCUCACAACAGGUGGCAGACAUCCUGACAAAGCCUUUAGGAAAAGAAGGAUUUUCAACAAUGCUGUGCAAGUUGGGAGUUCUUGACAUCCACUCUCCAACUUGA